AUGCACAAUGAGUUGAAGUUCUGUAAAGGAUCUGCUGAAGACAACUGGAACGAGGCACAUCGUGUGAAGGACAUUGCCAACGGAAACAGAACAAGUCGUCAAGCUGGUUACUUAAUUGUUCCUAUAUCCGAUUUAAACGUUGUAAUGGGAAAUUUCAAAGUUUGCUGCUUACCGAGAUCCGCUGGACUCUCAGAAACGCCAGGAACACCUGGACGUCCGGGAAAGUUCGGCGCUCCCAGAAUAUCUGGAAUUCCUGCACGUUCACCUCAGUAG